AUGAACAUUGAGCACACUCGAGAAUAAAUGGGAUAUCCACUUGCUAACCUCUCAAAAGAAAAAAUCCAUUGAAAAGGUAGGCCUUUCUGUACAUGGCGCAUAAAUUUUAGACUUUGAAAGAGGGAGAGAGGGCGGGCAUCCUUUUCGCCUCUACAACUCAUUUUUUCGCGAAGUUAUAUAAUUUCCCGCUCAUUCGCCACUCCAUUCAGAUCUUCAUUUUUUUCUACAGAGAAGCACCGUACGUUCAUCCUCCACAAAGGCCAGUUCAAAUGUUCAAUGCUUGUCCGCCCCGCACCGUAGAUCUGGUUUCCUAGAUGCUGGAAUUUAAUCGACGCCCAGAAAAUCAAUGGUUUUCAAUUUGCCUGAAUUAAGUGAUAAUUUUGAUUAGCUCGUGCUAUCAACAUAUUUUGAGGUUUUGGUAAUGGCUGAGGAAAAUGUUUCUGAUGGGUUUACUAAAAGGAGGAAGGUCCUUGGUGACCUCACUAAUCUACUUGGGAAAAGGGGGUCUUCUGGGACUGAAAAUAUUGGGGUUAAGAGUUUGAGUUUUAGGGACAAAGAUUCAUCCAAGCGUAUCCAUGUUUCAUGUGCCCCACAAUCUGAGAUGCAUUCUCCAAAAGGGAAUGUUUUAUCGAGUAUCCCAAAUUCAACCGACAAAAACACGAAUGCAGAAGGGAAUCAAUUUGGGUGUGAAUCUGUUUCCAAGAUCUCGAGCAAUGUCGAAACUGAAAUCAAUAAUGAUGGUUUGUUGAAUGUGAAUCUACCGGCUGGUGAAAAUUUUGAGGGCCCGAACUCGACUGAUCUGAAAGGGGAAAAAGUGAUGAUGAGUUCUACUGCUGCCACUGAGGUGAAUGUUAUUCCUGAAAUUUGCCAGAGUGAGUUUGUCGGUCUUAAAGUAAACGUGAAAGACCUUCAGAUAAAUGAAAGUGGUCAGGCUGUGCCAGGCAGCUCAAAAGAGUCUAAGGGGAAUGUUGUUGAGAAUGCCGGGUUUAAAACCGAUGAUGAGUUGCAUGAUAGUUUAAAGGCAGCGGCUGAAAUGGGUGGCUUUUGUCUGGAUAAUGAUAGUGGUUUUGAUGAUUAUGAGUCCAAAGGAAGUCAAAGUGAUGGGGAUGGACAAAAUUUGUUGUUGAGUCAGUGUGGUUCAGUCGAUUGUGCUAAUUUUCUACCCGAGUCUCAGGAAUCUACUGUAUUUGGGAUCGAGAAAUUUAUGGAGAUGGAGAGUGGGAAUGAGAAAUGUGUGUGUGAGGGAACUGAGCCAACAAGAAGUUGUUCUUGCUCUUUUUGCACAAAAGCUGGAUAUAUGUGGUUGGACCUCAAUUACCAGGACAUCAAGGCCCGGGUAUCAGCACUAAAGAAGAGCCAGAAAGAAGCAAGAAUACUGGCUGAAGGAAUUAUCAGGAGUAAGAAUAUCGAGAGACAUGGUGCUGAAAGCUUCACCCGGUCUUCUACGUUAGAAUCUGAUCUCAUGUACCAGUGGGUGUCUCUUUUUCAACACAUGGCAGGCGUAAUGGAAGAAGAGAGUAAUCAGCUUGAAGGUAGAUUACUACCACUGAACGAUUUGAGGGAAAAAUACAAAAGAGAUUUGGAGUCGAUUGGUGAUGAAAGGUCUGAAAAACAGUAAGAUGAAUGAAAUUUCUCGACUUAUCCGUUAAUGGUUUGAGGUCCACAAAUUUUGACAGUUCAGUUAUAUGCUAUGUAAUUUUUAUUGUUGGUCCUCUUUUAAAUUGUUCCUAAAUAGCUAUGCUUGUGAAUACUGGGUUUCGCAAUCCUCAAGAUCCUGUUCAUGUUAUUUGCUUAAAGACAGUUCUACGCUACUCAAUCAUGAGCUUAGACAAGGGUUUGUAUUAUUAUUUUGUUGCUCUCGAAGUCCAUACUUACUAAACUUAUAUCUAGGCAGUGCCUACAAAUUAAUUAUUUAAUCUUUGGACA